AUGAGUAGUGGAAAACUUGAAGUUCAUAUUGUUCAAGGUAGAGGUAUAAAAGAUAUGGACACUGUUGGUGACCCAUAUGUUGAACUUUGGUUGGAUGAAGAUAAAACCACCAAACAUAAUACUGAUUCUAGAAGUGGAACUGACACGCCUGUAUGGGAUAAAUAUUUUCAUUAUUUUGUUAACAAUCACAAAGAACUUCAUAUCAGACUUCUCGACGACGAAUUCAUCGGUGCAGAUGAAGUGAUUGGUGUAUGUUCAAUUCCUCUCGCCGAUGUUUAUGAAAAAAGAUAUGUUGAUCAGUGGGUUCAUGUACCAGACAAAAAAUCUAACGAGAGCAAUGGUGAA